AUGGCUUCAGCUACCAAUCAAGCAAACCGGAAGAAGACAGAGGUGACCUACUAUCCGGAAGAUGAGUCCGAACAAGCCCAAACCACUACCGGCGACGGCGACGGCGACGGCGACAGCGAUGUCCUUCGCCGAAAAGCUGCACCUACACAUCAUGCACCGGAAGUACCCCCCAAUCGAGACCCAGACUCCCAGCCAGAAACUGCAGCACUGCAAGCUCUUAACCAAGCGGCAAUACUCGAUCCGUACCGAAUCCUCCCAAACAAAAAAUCACCCAACGUCGAAGCCUUCGUAAGACUGGUCAAAGAUGGCCUAUGUGAAAGGCCUCACGGCUUUACUUACGACCCUAGCCGCCCACGCGCGAAGCAUGUGCUCGAUCUCGGCAUUUACACCAACGUCUCUGGCAGACCUCGAGAUUUUCGCAUCGAGGAAGUCUCGAGCUACCAAGUUCAAAGAGCAGAAGAAGACAACGAAGUUACCGCUUUCAAAGUCAUUGUGCACGACAUCAAUGAAUCUGAGGGUCCAAGUGUACAACUGUACAAACUCAAGCCUCGCGCAGCCAACCCUCGGCGGGCCAGCAGUGCAGCAGUGCCUGAGAAUUGUGCACUUGAUACCUCUAUCUGUAGAGACGAGGAAGCUGCUCGGCAGCUCGGACGUAUUGCCUGUCGCAUCAUGAACAGAGUUCCUUUACCACUCCCAUUGAGCGAGUGGAACGCUCCUACCCGGGGUGCGAGGGCAUUGCCUCACAUAGUUACAUUCGUUGAAAUUACAUCUCUGAUGAUCUGGCGGCAUGAUAUCGAUCUCGGGUUGCUUCAUUCGGACUGGAUCGGUGAAGGCGAGAGCCGAGAUGUUUACGGUUCGAAGAUUCGUUCGGCAGCGGGGACGACCACGACUCUUCUGCAAGCAAGCAUACGGUUUUUAUGCAUCAACACAGACUUGGAGAAGACCAGGCACACUGAAACAGUCGGCGUUCAGCUCAACGCGAUACGUAGCGAUGCUAUACUGGAUGAUACCGCCCUCCGAAUUCCAGAUGGAUUCUGGUUUGCGGAAGACGCUCUACCUCUACACGGCGAUGGCAGUCGCGAUUUUGAAGCCGGCUGGAAUAUAAUCCGGUGGUCCCUCUAUUCGCGCGUAGGGCUAUGUGGUACAACAGAGCAGCUACGAGACUCGUUCGAUGAAACGAUCGGCAACUACUUCGAUGACUUGACACUCCAAAGGACUAGUGGAAGCUUCAAUGGAGGUAGCUUCUAUCUUACUGCUGGGCCUCGAUCUCAGCACAGCUAUUUUAGUCUCGAGCCCAGCAUCAACGUGGCUCGUAUCCUGUACGCCAAUGCCGAGAGUAUGAUCAGUGGAGAGCACAUGAAGACCCGCACUGCAGCAUCAUCUGCGCUUACAUGUCGCUUUCGAACACUCGAACGCAUUUUAGCUGCGCAUGUCCAGCAGCAGGGUCUUAAUGCUCUUGUGGCCGGAAAGAGUCUGCUUAAUACCAUACUGGCCAUGAUGGAAGCGUCGGACAGCAUCGAUCGUGGAGAAGUGUCUAUCGAAGACGUGAAGCAGAGUCACUGUUCUUGUCGCAAUGCAAGCGAAAAGACUCACAGAGAGCACGCAUGUAUGAGAUGCUCUCUCCCAUUCUUAUGCAUAUUGUUGACUCUCACGAGAGACAAUCGUCUUCUUUGUCGAGCCUGUCACACCGUGGAGUCUCCAACGUCUCCAGCGUCUCGCUUCCCAGCGGACACGGUGAUCCCGGAUAGUCAGGAAGAAGAAGACAUGAUGGCUAUUGAUAUAGCCUGCACGAUUCCACUGCCUAACGAUCUGCACCCUUCUCAUUCACACUCUGUGGAAUCUUUGCAUGAUAAGGGAGUCUCUGAUCAUUCUGCCUCCAAAGGAAAACCCCUUUUUCCUCCUGAUCUGAAUACAACUGCCUCUGGGUCUGCACAGGGGUCUUCGCAAUCUGCGCCAUUCGAUUCAACUCGACCGCCAACCUCGACGGUCGACCGUCAGCAACUCAUUCAGGAAGCUACACUCGCUAGAGCAGUCAUCAAUCCUACAGAGCUACCAGAAGGCGAUGGUGAAUGGGCAUUCCUCGACCCAAGCCAGAACAGCCUCGACGCAUGGCAAGCGAAGAAGCUAGGUCACUCCGAAGCUUGGCCGCUCGCCUUGAAACGUCUGGAAGGCGAUGCCAACAUAUCGUUGGACCUUCCGGUCGUGGUAUUUUGGCCUGAUGCGGCAUUCUUGAAUCCUCGUGAGCAACCUGCAGGUGAUGGCCGUUGGGCGUACCUCACUGAGCGGGAUGUGAAAGAGGCGCAGGUUCAAUACCCCUAUAUGACGGCCAGUGAGCUCUGGACCGCACGCUUCACCGGCCUCGCAGCCCGUCACAGUCGAAUAAACAUCGUUUGGGUCAAAGCAGCUCUUGACACCGAUUCAUACGACAGUCUUGUUGAGCUGUUCACGAACAGGCUCGAUGCAGGCGAGAACCGCCAAACCAAUACCGCGAUGCUCGAGAUCUUGGAGAGUUACCUGACGAAAGAGUUACCUGACGAACAUACCUGUGUUGGCAAGGGUCAUUGGGACUUCUUGACCGAUGAAGACGAGGCCCUCGCAGAGCCAAACACAGCAGAGCAAAUAUGGCAGCAGCGUCUUUCAUCUACCGGUAGCGACUUGGUCUUUUUGAGUCGUUGCAAUGUCGUGUGGAUUCCUGAUGAGUCCGAGAAUUUCGAAUCUGGAAUCGAUCCUCUGGAAGACAAGGAUUUGGAGAUUUCUCGUCUUCAAGAACGGCUAGCCGCCUUUGAGGGCGAGCAAUCCCGUGACGUUCUUGUGAGGCAGCUGCGCGUAGAGCUCCUUGAGAAGGAUGAUCGCAUCUCAGGGCUUAUCGACGCCGCUCGGGCCGCUCAACAUCUUGACACUGAGAUGAUAGACUUCAGCGAUGAUCCUCAGGAGCAGAUCAGAUCUCUGGAAGGGAUGGUCCGUGAUCUACGACAAGAGAACCAACGACUGCAGCAACAGUUGGAUAAAGACACAGUCUAUGAAGAGGAGAUCCGCCAGGCAAUAAAGGCUAGAGAUUUGGCUAUGGGUGGGUAUUCGAACUGA